AUGACUUCACAAGCGGCGCACAGCGUAGCCAGCAGCGGAUCUUCCUCCAACAACAAGCGGCUUCUCAGCAGACGCGUUCCUGAUGGCAAGCGACGGCGUACGCUGGUCAGCUGUGACCGGUGCAAACAGCGCAGGAUGAAGUGCUCGCGAUCCGAGCCAGACGCACCCUGCCUCAACUGCUCUCAGCACGGCCUCGAAUGUACUUCCGCUCUACCCCGGAAGCAUCGCAUCCACGGCAGCGUCGAGAGCCUCUCCUGGCGAUACCGUGCGCUCGAGGCGCUCGUCCGCGGCCUCACCGGCCACGACAUCCAGGAGGCGGAAUCCCUCGUUGAGAUCGCCCGCAGCCACCACAUCGACCUGCCGAGCCUCGAAUACAGCGAAUACGAGCCACGUGCAUUUGCGCACGAUCCCCUCGCUUCGAUUCCGACUCACACCAGUACAGACUCUCCCUCCGUCAUACGCUCUUCCGGCACCGACGAUCGACUCGGCAGCAGCGCUUCCGCCACGUGUUCUUCGUGUGCGGCCACAGUUGUACCCCUCAACAUUCCCGACGGCAAGCUCAUACCAGCUCCUCAUGGCGUCUCGCACUACGUUGGUUCAGCCAGCUCGUUUGAGUUUGCCAAUGCUGUUCGACGCCUCGUGGCAAAGGUCGAUCGUCUCAACACGUCGAGUGCGGCUGCUCGUGCAAGCACCUCCUCCGGCCUGCCCGCUUUCAAUACUCCCUCUGUCGUCGAGACCCGAUCAGUACCGAUUGUAUCGUCGGUCUGCACUCAAACGCCUCUGUCUGGCUCGGCUCCCACCUCCACCCAAAAGCUGCGAACCGAGUUUGCCACAAGCAUGCGAACUAGCAAGGCGCUCGAGCCCCGCGAUCGCACCCAUCCUGCUGCGGCCGCGGCCGCGGUCGACGACAGCGCAUCUUCAGAGUCCGAUGAUCAAGUCGAUCAUGCAGCAACGGAUCGAGAUGCGCAAACCAGCUCGAUAGGCAUCGGCCCUUCACCCACUCCUGCCACCGCCGCCAACGCCCCUUCGUCCGGUUCGAUGUCCUACAACGUCGCUGCCCCGCCCAACCCAGCUACCACCAGCACGAAUCCUACCGAGUCUAUCCAUGCCAACAAUCAGAUUUCCGACCUUGCUACGCCAGACAGCACGAGAUCGAUGCGCACACGGCGACUACGGGACCUUCUCCCUGCGAAAGCCAUUUCAGACCGAUUGGUGGACGCCUUCUUUGACCGUGUCCAUCCCAAUUAUGUGGUCUUUCAUCGCGGUCUCUUUCAUCGCCGGUAUCGAUCCAUUUGGCGUCCCAACGACCGUGAAAAUGAUCCCUCGUCGCGAUCUGCGGCCAAGGACGGCGAUGCUGGGUGGAUCUGCUCCCUCCUCAUGGUCCUCGUCUUCGGCGCCCAAGCGUUGGAAGGGCAGGGCCUGCCCGACGCCUUGCAGAUACAAAGGCGCUACCUUCGUCUUGUGGUUCGAGAGCGUUUCCAGCGCCUCACCUUCACUGCCAGCCUCUCCAACGUUCAGGCCCUCUUGCUUCUCCAGCUCUACGAGCACAACGCGGGCGAGCGCAACGCUGCAUGGAUGCUCCUAGGGCAGGCUGCACGCAUGGCCAUCGCUCUCGGAAUGCAUCGAGAGACCCAAGAUCCUGGCUUGGACACCGUCGAGCAGAACCUCCGACGCUUGGUCUGGUGGACGCUGCAGCAAUUCGAAAUGAACCUCUCCAUGGCACUCGGAAGACCGUCCACCUUGGAGCUCGUCGAAGUCACUGCACGUGUUCCGGAAGAAGACAUCAUGGACCGCAACGACUUCCCCACCGACUACCCGGAACACUAUCGCAGGCUCAUCGGCAUUUCCUGGCGUGCAAAACAGCUCCUUGCCCGAACGUCCGCCCGAUACGGCAACGAGCAAGAGCUCCUACAGUGUCUCGCGGUCACACAAGAGGUGCUCGGUCAGCUCGACUCGUGGCACUUGCAGCUGCCACCUCAGCUAUCUCCCGACUGGCCGUUUGCCAUGCCACGCCAGUGCAGGGCGGUGCUGCUGCUGCUAAUCAACUUCCACCACAUUUGCGCGGCGCUGGCACGGCCUUUCCUUCUGUGCAAGAUCGAGCGCGAGAUCGAUCAGGUGCAGGAUCAGCGGUCACCGGUGUCCGCCGCCGUAGCCGAACUCGCCACGGCCGGCCUUCGCUCGGCUCGUUCCGUGCUCGAGAUGUGCGAGCAGCUCCAUCAGCAAGACAUGCUCGAAGGAGUCUUGUGGCUCGACUGCUACUACCUUCACCAUGCCAUGCUCAUGUGCAGCUUGCCCUACCUUUCACCGUCGAACCAAGUCGUUCGGUCUACGCUCGACAACGAGCACCAAGCACUUCUUUCUCGCACCUCGGCCAUCGUCAAAACCGUCCGUCUGGCGCCAACCUACCUGGUGCUGACAAAGAUUGCAACGCAGCUCGUCCGCAUCGUCGGCAUCGACGAUAGCAUACCGAACGGCCGUCCGGCCGAGGUCGACCAUGCUUCUGCUCGAGACGAGCGCCAGGCUGCCACUGCCGAUCCCUCCACACCGGUCGCACGCCAUGCGAGGGUCGAGCUAGGGCAUCAUCCAUCUAUCAACAGUCUCGAUCUUUUGCUUGCUGCAGCACAAUUGCCCGCACAAACCAACGACGCAUCCACAGCCCCGUGGGGCGGUCCCAUGCCGCAGGGCCUGAGCGGACUCCCUACAGCUACAGCCGGCCAGAGCGGCCACUCACACGACGCAUGGACAGGACCGAUCGACCUCGCGUCAGUGCAGACUCAUGAGAGUGCCUCGCCCAGCCUGCACAACCUCUUGGCCUUCCAGUCUUCGCCCGAUGCGGAGCUGUACAGCGAGUUUUACCAGCUGGGCUUCGAGACCGGCAGUACUUUCUUCACCUGGGACUUUUUCAACGUCGGCGGACAGGGACCAGCUGCCAGUUCCGAGCAGCACGAUGCUCCGACAGUCCAUCCUGCUUCCAGCCUAUAG